AUGAACACGCUCGUCUCGCCCCCGCGGAACGGCAACCGCCUUCCGCAGCCUGUGCAGGCCCAUGAUGGGCGAGGUGCCCUCCCUCGCCGCUUCACCACCGAUUCGGGGCGUGUACCAACAUUGUCUUCCAUUACCGGCCAGCGCGUCCCUGACCUCGGUGGUCAAGAUUACAGCAAUACUUUGCACAAAGUUCAAUUGAUUGAGAAGAAGAAGAUCGAGUACGAGAGACUUCGCGAGCAGAGACGUCGUUUCGAGAUGGAGAUGCAGAAGCUGGAGCAAGCCCAACGUCGCGAAGAGAUGGAGCUCGCCAAGAUGCAGGACGACCUUCGCCACGGCCACCAGUCGGAGCCCACGACGCCCCCCGAAUACCACGAGUCCUCCUCCGGCUUCCCUACCAUGUUCUCGCGCCCGAACCGAUACUCGACUUCGAGCCUGACGUCGCCCCCGGGCCUGUUUAACCGCCCUGGCCGCUCGGGGUCGCAGCUCACCUCGCCCCAGUCGACCCUGAUGCAGUCCCGCUUCAACUUCGACGACCACAUGCCGUCCCGUUCCGUUCCGGGCUCCCGUAGAAACAGCGACGAGGACGAGAAGGAGGAGGCCGUUCGCCUGGACCCGACUAGCCACCGGUCCUCCAACGCCUACAACCGCUACUCGAUGCCUGUCACUCGGUCUCGUACUGGUCUCUAUGGCGCUGACCUUGACCAGACUGGUACUGCUCGCUUCCUCUUUGGUGAGGAGGACACUGCUGGUGAGAACAAGUACGGCCAGAACAACGGUGACGACAAGUUCCCAACUCUAGUUCGUCGCGACGAUCAGAUGCUCUCUGCAUCUUCCGCUGCCCUUGAUCUUGCACUCUCUCCUUCGCCUGCUCCUGACGCGCCUUCCUCCAACGGCUGGGGUAAUAUUAACCGUCACCGCGCCCAACAGAGCUUGUCUGCUAUCAACACGUCUUCGCUCAACGGAGCCGCCUCUUCUGGAGGAGAAGCCAGCAACCGAUCUUCUGUUCGUCACUCGCUCGACCUGAAGUUCUACCCGGACGCUCCUACCGACAACAACGGUAACCAAAACUCCAUCGUUUCGCCUACCGGAAACCACAUGAUGGCCACUCCUCCCAAGCUGCAGAGCUCCUUCUCUGCCAACGACGUCCCCACCGUCAAGAGCACCAACGGCGGCUUGGUCACCAACAACCACGCCCAGCAGCACUUCCACAACCACAAUGCUAGCAUUGGCCGCAUUCCCGCCGGCGCUGUUGCCGGCCGUCACAGCCGCGAGCUGUCCAACGACAACAGCAUGGGCGCUCAGCGUGAGCAGACUGGACCUUACCCCUCCAUCCAGUCCGCCCUUCAGGCCAACGCCGUUCCCUUUGGUCCAGGCGCGCCUGGCCAGGGCUUCCCUCACACGUCCCAGGGCAACCAGAUCCCCAAUGGCACCGUCACUGCCAGCUCCAACAACGCCUACGGCGGGUUCUACCCCAAUGGCUACGUCUCGCCCAACAGCAGCAACAGCAACAACGGCCCGCCCAACCCUGGCCCCUACGGCGUGCCUCUCCUGGCCAUGAGCCUGCAGAACAUGAACCUCAACAACGGAGGCAACAUGUAUCCCCCUCAGAACUACACUGGCUAUGGCUCGCUCUACACUCCUCCUCAGCAGCCUCAGCCUCGUGACAGCCAGGCCCGGGUCAUCCAGCACCGUCGCCAGAUGGACAAUGAAGCCAUGUCGCGCUACAAUGGCCUUGCUCUUGAGAGCGUUGGUGGCCAGAUCUACGACCUCUGCAAGGACCAGCACGGCUGUCGCUAUCUGCAAAAGAAGCUUGAGGAGCGCAACCCGGAGCAGGUUCACAUGAUCUGGCUCGAGACGAACCAGCACGUCAUCGAGCUGAUGACGGACCCAUUUGGCAACUACCUGUGCCAGAAGCUGUUGGAGUUCUGCAACGACGAUGAGCGCACUGUCCUCAUCCAGAACGCCGCUGUUGACAUGGUCCGCAUUGCCCUCAACCAGCACGGCACACGCGCUCUCCAGAAGAUGAUUGAGUUCGUCACUACCCCGACCCAGAUCGGCAUGAUCAUCAAUGCACUCCGCUUCCAGGUCGUCGAGCUCAUCCAGGAUCUCAAUGGCAAUCACGUCAUCCAAAAAUGUCUUAACAAGCUCAGCGCUCUCGAUGCGCAGUUCAUCUUCGACGCUGUCGGCACCAACUGCGUCGACGUCGGCACUCACCGCCACGGCUGCUGCGUCCUCCAGCGUUGCAUUGACCACGCUUCUGGCGAGCAGAAGGUCUGGCUCAUUGCUAAGAUCACUGAGCAUGCCCCGAUUCUCGUCCAGGACCCCUUCGGCAACUAUGUUGUACAGUACAUCAUUGACCUCAACGAGCCUACCUUCACGGAGCCCAUUGUCCGCAUGUUCAAGAACCGCAUCGGCCAGCUGUCCCGCCACAAAUUCAGUUCCAACGUCAUUGAGAAGUGUCUGCGCUGCUCACAGGAGCCUUCCCGCGACAUGAUUGUCGAGGAGCUCCUGUCUCCUGGCGAGAUUGAGAGACUUCUCCGCGACUCGUACGCCAACUAUGUCAUCCAGACUGCUCUCGAGUACGCGACCCCUCACAGCAAGUACCGCCUGGUCGAUGCCAUCCGCCCCAUCCUGCCGGCCAUCCGUUCCACCCCGUAUGGCCGCCGCAUCCAGGCCAAGAUCCAGGCCUUUGAGGGUCGUGGUAGCGCCAACUCGAGCGGCCAGGUCACUCCGGCGGACCCCACCCAGGGCCAGAUCCCCCUGCGUCCCGGUCACAACCGCGCCAUGUCUAACAACACCUCCAUCAUUGCUCCUGGUGGUGCUUUCGGCAACGGCCUGAACGGCGGUCUUAACGGUGGCAUGCCUCCCCGUGGCAACCAAGCCAGCUACCCUUCGUCCAGCAACUUGACGGUGCCCCCCCCUGGUCCCCAGAGCCAGCGCAUGCCGCAGUUCGGUUACAACAGCCCGCAGCGCCCGAACGGUGGUGGCGGCGGUGACGGUGGCGCCGCCGCCGCCGCCGUCGGCGACGCGGGUGCCGGCGACGCUCAAUGGCUGUAA